GGAGGGGCGGGGCCGGCGGCGAGAGGAGGAGGAGAGAGGGAGGCCGCGGGGUGCGGGCGCCCGGGAAUUCCCUCCUCCUCAAGUAGCGCGUCCCGGGCCGGCUGUGCCGCCGUCGCUGCCUCCCAGCGCCCCGCGAGCCGGAGGUUGGAGAAGGGAGAGGGCCCCGCGGGCGUCCGCCUCGGCCGGCCGGCCGCCUUCUCCCCGCGGCGACCCGUGCGGGUGCGGCCGGACCAGAUUUGAUAAUGGGCUGCAUUAAAAGUAAGGAAAACAAAAGUCCAGCCAUUAAGUAUACACCGGAAAAUCCUACAGAGCCUGUAAGCACAAGUGCCAGUCAUUAUGGAGUGGAACACUCUACAGCUGCCCCGACCUCUUCCACAAAGGGAGCAUCAGUUAAUUUUAAUAGUCUUUCCAUGACACCCUUUGGAGGGUCCUCAGGGGUGACUCCUUUUGGAGGAGCAUCUUCCUCCUUCUCAGUGGUGCCAAGUUCAUAUCCUACAGGUUUAACAGGUGGUGUCACUGUAUUUGUGGCCUUAUAUGAUUAUGAAGCUAGAACUACAGAAGACCUUUCCUUUAAGAAGGGUGAAAGAUUUCAAAUAAUUAACAAUACGGAAGGAGACUGGUGGGAAGCACGAUCAAUCGCUACCGGAAAAAAUGGUUACAUCCCUAGCAAUUAUGUAGCGCCUGCGGAUUCUAUUCAAGCAGAAGAAUGGUAUUUUGGCAAAAUGGGGAGAAAAGAUGCCGAAAGAUUACUUCUGAAUCCUGGGAAUCAGCGAGGUAUAUUCUUAGUAAGAGAAAGUGAAACUACUAAAGGUGCUUAUUCCCUCUCAAUUCGUGAUUGGGAUGAGGUAAGGGGUGACAAUGUGAAGCAUUACAAAAUCAGAAAACUUGACAAUGGUGGAUACUACAUCACGACGAGAGCUCAGUUUGACACUCUGCAGAAGCUGGUAAAGCACUAUACAGAACAUGCUGAUGGAUUAUGCCACAAGUUAACAACUGUGUGUCCAACUGUGAAGCCCCAGACUCAAGGUCUAGCAAAAGAUGCUUGGGAAAUCCCUCGAGAAUCCUUGCGACUAGAGGUUAAACUAGGUCAAGGAUGCUUUGGUGAAGUGUGGAUGGGAACAUGGAAUGGAACUACAAAAGUAGCAAUAAAAACACUAAAGCCAGGCACGAUGAUGCCAGAAGCAUUCCUUCAGGAAGCUCAGAUAAUGAAAAAAUUAAGACACGAUAAACUUGUUCCACUCUAUGCAGUUGUUUCUGAAGAGCCAAUUUAUAUUGUCACUGAGUUUAUGUCAAAAGGGAGCUUGUUAGAUUUCCUUAAAGAAGGAGAUGGAAAGUAUUUGAAGCUUCCACAGCUGGUUGAUAUGGCUGCUCAGAUUGCUGACGGCAUGGCAUAUAUUGAAAGAAUGAACUAUAUUCACCGAGAUCUCCGAGCUGCUAAUAUUCUUGUAGGAGAAAAUCUUGUAUGCAAAAUAGCAGAUUUCGGCUUAGCAAGAUUAAUUGAAGACAAUGAAUACACAGCAAGACAAGGUGCAAAAUUUCCAAUCAAAUGGACAGCUCCUGAGGCUGCACUGUACGGUCGAUUUACGAUAAAGUCAGAUGUGUGGUCGUUUGGAAUUCUACAGACAGAGCUGGUGACAAAAGGAAGAGUGCCAUAUCCAGGCAUGGUAAACCGUGAAGUGCUGGAACAGGUGGAGCGAGGGUACAGAAUGCCUUGCCCUCAGGGCUGUCCAGAAUCCCUCCAUGAAUUGAUGAAUCUUUGCUGGAAGAAGGAUCCUGAUGAAAGACCAACGUUUGAGUAUAUUCAGUCCUUCUUGGAAGACUACUUCACUGCUACAGAGCCGCAGUACCAGCCAGGGGAAAAUCUGUAACCCAAGUAGCCUGUGUGUACAGGUCUGCCAAAACAUAGAGACCGUGUGUGAGUUCUUCCUGCACAGCAUGAGAAGAUACUCUUCACUCUGCAUGUUUCUUAUGGUAAACUGGAAUUCCAGAUAUGGUUACUCAAAACCACUUUUUUUUUCCUCCAAGUGUUAAACUCUAAAGUACCAGUGAUGCAUCUUACAACUUACUUCAGGGUCCAGAGAAAGAAAGGAGAGCUUGGCAUUGUGACUGUGGGUGACAGCAUGGUAAGAGCGAGCAAAGGACUACUGCUCAGUAAUCAUUCCUUUUCUUCCCCAGACUCAGAAUUGCCGAGAGAAAAUUAUUUAUUGUUAUGUGCAAAACUCGGCUGUUACACCACAGUAAAAUCUAAAAUCAAAGAACUUCAUAGGACCAAAUAAUUCCAUUCCAGUUUUUAAGUUUUUCUAGAAUUUUUUUUCUCAAUUUUUUUUGUUUUGUUUUGUUUUGUUUGUUCCCUGUUUAAUAGCAUGCAGUCUUAUCAGAGGCCUCUUUUUGUGUGAAAAUGGGCGAAGUCUCCCAAGUGCAAAAAAAAAUAAUGGAUUAUAAACAGCAUCAAAAACGUGAUUAAAUGUUAGAUCACAGCCAUGGAAUUUAGAAACAUAACACAGUAUGGUCACAUUUUGUCCAUAGAACUGGAAAGCAAAGAACCAAAUUUUUCAUAUUAGUCAUGUCUCGAAUUGUUGUUCAGCUUUGAAUAAUGAAGGUAACCAGAAAGUGGAUUAAUCUUUUACAAGGAUAUAUUGAUUUCUUAAAGUUAUAUACAAUUGAAAUUAUUCUAUCCAGUCCAAGGGAAAAAUCUUUUAAUAUUUGCAUAGCAUAAAAAUACAAACCUAACAUUUAAGCAAUCAAUUUUUAAAAAAUAAAUGGAGUACUAUGAGAUGUUGCUAGUAUGUUUUUAUGUUUAUGGGCUCCACAAAUAGAAAAUAUCACUAGAUCAGGGACUUGAAUGCACUUUGCUUGUAUUGAGUAUAGAAUAGGAGAGAAGAAAAUGUAUUUAAAGAAAUCUGAGAGAAGAAAUGUGAAAGUUCUACAGGUAUUGGGCUGGGGUGGGAUGUUUAAUGAUGGUGUUGUAGGGUGAUAACAUUGCUUUCUGCACUCAGAGCUCCUCAUUAGCUGUUUUCUUAGGCUUUAAAAGUUAUAAAAGUAUGAUUAUAAAACUAAUUUUCUUAUCAUAUACACUAAAUAAGUUUUACCUCAAAAUAGUGAAGAUAAGGCUUUACCCUAAUUUCAGUGGCCCAGCUUUUAUACAGAACCUUUAGAACACCAAGUUUCAAAUCCCUGUUUGAAGCUUUACUUACAUUUCAAAUGUAGUUGAUGGUUUUUGUAUUUUCCUUUUAUAAUAUAAUUAAUUUGAGGAAGAAUACUUAUGCUGAGUAACUGUAAUAUAAAGGGGGAAAUUUUGACCAUUUAAAGUGCAGAAGUAAAACAUUUAAAAUGAGAGUUUUUCUAACUCAGAAAUUAUGAAAUAUUAAUUUGAACUGAAUAGUGUUAACUGUUUAAGGAUCUAGCAAGAGAAAAAUGGAGUCUGCUAAAUGAAAUAAAAGUCUAAUAUUUGUUUUAAAAUGCCUUAUUUUAUAGUUACAUUAAGGCAUUAUAUCAAGUUCUUUUUAUUUUCAGAAUAUAAUUUUAAACUACCAUCAGUAAAUGUAAAAAUGUGUACCAUGGUAAGCAUGUUCAAAUUUAAACCUUUUAAAAUGUGACAGAUGAACUUCAUGCAAGUUGGCAAAAGUUCUGGUACUAAAAAGUUGUAUUUGUUUUUCUUUUACUUAACCUAUUCAGUACUGAGUCCUCUGCCAAGCGGGUCUCUUGAGAAGACUGGGUCCUCUUGCCCUGUUGUCUAUAGUCUGUGGCAUGAGUGUUUUAAAGGGCUUCAUGUGAACUAUGGAAUUAGAGUUUGUCUAAGCAUUCUAUAAAGGGUAAAAACAUUGUGAUGUACUAAUGCUGGGCAGAAAAAUAAAUGUGAUGACAUUCUUUAGAUUUUAACUAAAUGGAGCAGUUCCUUAUAAUAAAAGUUGUAGAGUAAGGAUGCAACACUAACUUAAUGUGUUUUCAGUUUAAAUUGUUAUGUAUUUUUUUUUAAUUAUCAAGAGAAACAGUUUUGUACAUUUGAAGAUUUUUUUUUUCAACAGCUUUCAUGUGUAUUGUCUUAACCUGGAACUUUAACACCAAAAAAGACAGUUGGCAAGAGCAGCCUUCUAGCACAGACACUUUUUAAAUAAUGGCAGCCUAAAACUUAAUAUUUUUAUAAAAUAUUGUAAUAUUGUUUUGUGAAUAAUUAAAAUAAAAUUCUUUGUUGAAUGUAUUUUUCCAUUGCUGUUUGUAUUUCAUUAACUUUGUAAAUAUUGACAUAUUCUGAAUUUAUUCUUCCAUUGUGGGAAAAAUGUUCAGUUAGAACAUAGAAAUUCUAAAAAAAAAAAAAAGUUAAAAAUCAUUUCUUAUUAAAUUUAGAACACUAUUGAAUUUAUUUCACAUGAUUAAUUUCUUGUACCUAGUAAAUGAUAUUUUCUAAAGUUGUGUCAUCACACACAGUUACUGUAUCACAUAGAGAGACCUGGGUGGUCUGAGUGAAGCCAUUUGGGAUACUUAGGCAGUAUGAAGGAUCUGAAGUAGAGCAGCCACUCUGGCCCAGUAGGAACUUACACACAUCUCUAUGUGUUCUACAGUUCUCUUUUCAAAGGUUUAAUAAAAAUAAAAAUUUAAAUGUCUAGUCAAUGGCCCUCGUAAUUUCCGGUACUAUAAUUGUGGUAAUUACUUUUUACUACUACUUCAUGUAAAAUUGUUUCCUCUUUUCAUGAUUUCCUUUUAAAAAUUCCAAAUAACAGUACAUCAGCACAGUGCUUUCUUCAGUGCAUUAUUUAUGUAGUAUAUUAACAAUCCUGUGGCAUACGUGCUUCUAAUCCCAACACUUGAAGAGGCAGGCAAAUCAUAUUUCCAGGACAGCCUGGUCUAUACAGACAGUGGCAGUUCGGCUAGGGCUACACAGAGAGCCCCUGUCUCAAAAGAACACUUUUGUUUUCUAGUUUGCUGAUUAGUUUUUAAUGUUAUGUGUACUUGAUUGUCAUUUAAGUUGUACAUUUGUAUUGUGUCAGGUAUAUUCCUUUUUACUCUGAGAAAAUCUCUGCUACAAUAUUAAAAAUUCAUAUCACCU